UUCAAACCGCCUCGAUCGAGCUAGCCCAGCAAAGCACUAGCUAGCUAGCUGGUCGGCCAGCCACGCUUUGGGAAGAGCACGCAAAACGCAACAGUCUGUUGUCUUCCCUAAGCUACUGAACGAAUCAAUCCAUGAUGCAUAUGAUUCGGUCAUCUUUCCCUGCCGCCGCCGCCGUCCUCGUGGCGGUGCUCUUGUGGCCGUUGGCUGCCGCGCAGCUGAGCACGGGCUACUACGCGAGCAUCUGCCCCAGCCUGGAGGCCAUUGUCCAGAGCUCCGUCAAGCAGUCCAUGGCGCAGUCGCAGAUCGCAGGGCCCGCUGCGCUCAGGCUCUUCUUCCAUGACUGCGCCGUCAAGGGCUGUGAUGCAUCGAUCAUGAUCGUCAACUCGAACGGCGAUGACGAGUGGCGGAACCCCGACAACCAGUCGCUGAAGCCGCCGGGCUUUCAGACGAUCCUGGACGCCAAGGCUGCCGUCGACAACGACCCGCAGUGCCGUUAUAAGGUGUCCUGCGCCGACAUAAUCGCCCUCGCCGCAAGGGAGGCCGUCUCCCAGAGCGGAGGUCCUUACUACCAGGUGGAGCUGGGCAGGUACGACGGGAGGAUCUCCACGAAGAGCAGCGUCGUGCUGCCGCACGUCGACUUCAACCUUGACCAGCUCAACUCCUUCUUCUCGGGCUUAGGCCUCUCCCAGACCGACAUGAUCGCCCUAUCAGGUGGCCACACGUUGGGCGCGGCGGACUGCACCUUCUUUCAGAACAGGAUCGGCACCGACCCGAGCAUGGACUCGGGCUUCGCCGCGCAGCUCCAGAACACCUGCGCCGGCCAGACCUUCGCGUUCCUCGACGGCGCCACGCCGGGGGGGUUCGACAACUCCUACUACAAGAACCUGCAGGGCGGCAGGGGCCUCCUGGGCUCCGACCAGGUACUGUACACGGACCUGAGGUCCCGCGGCACCGUGGACUACUACGCGUCCAAUCCGGGCACCUUCUUCUAUGACUUCACCAACGCCAUGACCAAGCUCGGAAGGGUCGGUGUCAAGACGGCCGCCAACGGCGAGAUACGCCGCGACUGCCGGACCCCGAAUUAGUCAUAGAAUCGUCGCCAACGGCGAGAUACGCCGCGACUGCCGGACCCCGAAUUGGUCAUAGACUCGUCGCCACCGGCCGGUUGCUCAUACACACGCACAUAAACUGUCCAUGCCUUUCGACUGUGAUUGUUAUAAUAAGAUCGAUCUUGUAUAUAUGGAUUUGAUUCGAAUUAUGGAGCCAAGCAAGGA